CCGAGUCCGGCUUGAGGAGAAGAAGCGGGUGAUCAGGAGGGGGCCAGGGAUGGCCGCUCGGAGCAAUGCAUAACUCUCAAAGCUCUUGUGUGUAGCACUACAGCUCUUAACGCGCCUCUUUUGACGCGCCGUGUUUCCUGCCCGCCUGCGCUCCCGCCCCGAUGUAAAGGUGCCGUACGGCAGGUGUCGUACCUCGUAUGUGGUUGUUGACCGUUGGUGCGAGGGGGCCCACGCGGGGGACGUGUGCCGAGACCUGCUGCGGCCCGAGUGGCUUGAGGAGUGCUGGCGCCAGCGGCGGCUGCUGAUGCCCCCUCCGCCCUCCCUCGCCUGGCGCCUCAGCCCCUCCACCCUGGCCGCACACGCAGCCACGCAUGACCCGUACGGCGACCCGUACUACCAGCCACUGGACGAGCGAGAUCUGGCGGCGCUACUAGAACGCCACGUCAGCAUGAACGGUAGACGUCAUGCAGCACCUGCAGCAGCAGUAGCGCUUCCUCACAACCAGGGUGUGGCGGCAGCAGCAGCUGGUCGGCAGAAGGGCAAGGGGCAGGGGCAGCAGCGGCAGCGAGGGCAGCUGCAGGAGAGCGGUCUGGCGGGGGUUCAUCAGCAGCAAGGACAGCGAAAGCAGCAGGAGCAGGAGCAGCAGCAGGAGCAGGAGCAGGAGCGGCUGUUGGACUGGUUGGAGGUGGAGAUGCGGGGUGCGGGUGUGCCGCCGCACCUGCACCCGGGUCCCCCGCAGCGGCUGUUCCGAGGUGCCUGCAUGCUGCUGCUGGACGUCACGUGGGGGCUGGUAGCAGCAGCUGAGGAGGCAGAGGGGGCGGCAGAGGGGGUGGCAACAGGGGCAGCAGCAGCGCCGGCGGCAAUGCCUGGAUCAGCUCCGUCGACCGAUGAGCCCGACGCUUCACCGUUGACGCUGAGGCCGCCACUGCUGCCGUCACCUCCGCCACCUCCCCCGCUGCUGUGCGGUGUUGCCGAGGUGGAGUGUACGGCAG